CCCCUGCAUUCCCUCCAUAUCCUCCACACCACAACUCAACCUUCUUCAUCUUCUUCACUCUCCAGUUCAGAACUUCAGUUCAGCUCAAGCAAGCAAUCAGUCUGAGAUGGCUCGUGCUCAGGUGAUGUUCAUGGUGGCUGCCGUGGUGCUGGUGGUGGCCAUGGCGAACUCGGCGGAGGCGCUGACUUGCGGGCAGGUGAACUCUGCCGUGGGGCCGUGCAUAGCGUAUGUGAGGGGCACGGGCGCGGGGCCGUCCGGGGCGUGCUGCUCGGGCGUGAGGAGCCUCAACUCCCAGGCCAGGUCCACCGCCGACAAGCGCACCGCCUGCAACUGCCUCAAGACCGCCGCCCGCGGCGUGAAGGGUCUCGACGUCGGCAAGGCCAGCAGCAUCCCCUCCAAGUGCGGCGUCAACAUCCCCUACACCAUCAGCCCCAACAUCGACUGCUCCAGGGUGUGAGCUGGAGAGACGAUCGGGUCUCUCAGCCGGCGUCUUCAUCAGCUACUUCCAUAUGGAUCCGUUGAAGCGUGCGGCGUCUCUGUCUAUGUAUUACUGUUUUAUGCGAGUUUAUAUACAGAAUAAAAGCACUCUCUCCGAGCUUGUUGGUUUACUCUCUUUUGGAGGAGAUCGAGUUGUUACUUGAGAGUUUGUAACCCUUUAUCAUGCCAUGUCCACUUCCCGUGUUUAUGGACUAUAUAUACACACACACCUCUUUUUGUUA